AUGAUUGCAUCUCGUCAAGACAUUACUCAUCCUCAAGUUAAUUCCAGUCAGCAACCAAUAACUACAACUACAAGUCAUCUCUAUCCAAACAUGGUUCAUUCCUAUCCCAACAUAAGUCAUUCCUAUCAAAACAUUCCUAUCCAAACUCUUUCCCAUCAAACCAAAAGUUCAGCAUUGCCGAAAAGCCAGCAAGCAUUCAGCACUAUGCCAAACACUCAAGUUGAAACAUUGCAACCUGUUCCUGCAACUUCAAAUGCACAUUCAGUCCGUCAGUUUUACGAAUCCAUUGGCGAAGAUACUGGUCAGUAUACAGUUGUAGAAAAUGUGGCAGGAGAUAUAGCUGUAAAGGUGAUGCUGAGUACACUUGUCAAAGGUGUUUCAAGCAGUACGCGUACAAAGGAACACUUCAACGACACCAAAAAUACGAAUGUCAAAGACAGAGGAAAUUCAAGUGUGCAGCGUGUUCUUACACUUAUCCACAAUGUGGAAAACCUACAAAUGGAUAGGUUUGCUAAGCGACACUUGAGAUGCGAGUGUCACAAAGACAGGAAAUGGACGUCUCCAUUUUGCAAGAGGUUCUUCAAACAUAGGUUCAAGGACGUCAAUUCGAUGCCCUCAAUGCUGGAAGAUCUACAAGAACUACAGCACACUAAGGGUUCACUUGAAGUUGGACUGUGGAAUAGAUAAAAAACACGUAUGCCCUGUUUGUGGAAAAUCCUUCAGAAGAAGAUCUAAUAUGAUGAAGCACAUGAAGAGGGAUUACGUACAUAUGGUCAAAAUGAAUACCCCUGAUGGAUAACAAUAGUGCUUUACCAUUGAUUAACGGAUUAUACUCGAAGAUAGCCAACCAUAUGAUGUAUUCUGUGGUCCAAAAAGGAAACUUGAAGGUACUAACGCCGUCUAUGAUAGAGUAGCAGAUCACAAAAAUGAAUCUAGAAAUAAGCAUUACUUAGGCUGAAAAGGGAUUGAAGAUUCUAACGCAUUCUAUAAGCCAGUAGCGGAACCAAACACAGUAUUUUUGUGUGCUCUGAUACUGAAUUAUAGAUGGCGCUUUCUGUUUUUUUAGACGCCAUAUGGAUGGAUAUCUGCCGUUAAUCAAUGGUUUUAUAUAAUUAGGUGUUCAAUUAUAUCAAAUUUUAAUCUAUCCUAUGAGAACUCAUUGCAUGCAAUUUGCAUCGCGCGAAAAUGUUACUCAACAACGUUCGACAGUGUGGGUUCACCAAGGGUAGGCAACUUGAAAACUGCUUUUUUGCAAGAUAACCAACGAGUGCCUUACUGAGAAAAUUAUGGUUUAUCAGAAACUUCGGUGAUUUGUUCAAAACAGACGUGAAACAAACAUGCCAAUUGUUAACUAUGAAGGUCUAGAAUGCGGGUUCAUUGAUUUUUUCAUAUACAGUAUGACUCGCUAUAAAUUCACCAAUCUUUUUAAUUAUUUUGUAUGGUCUUUUAGAAUAAAGUUUUAUACAAAAGCUCUAUGCCCUAAGGUAAAGUUUUAUAGGCAUUGCUAAUUUUUAUACGGUUUGGAAUACCCUGUAUAUUUAUAAUGAAAAUAGAACUUCUUUGUGAUACCAAAUGUAGUUUGUUAUACUUGCUUUCACUAUUUAAGCCAAAAACUCAAAUUGUAUCUGUCACUUAUCAUAAUAUGUAUUUGCAUAUGCGGCGGUUCCCUAAAAAUAUGCAAGGUGUUCCACUCAAACUUUUCUGAGGCAGAGAAAGAAAGAGAGAGAGGCGGUAUAUGGGACUAUAUAGGACCCUAUAUGUUUUGUAUAAAACUGCUUUCUAAACGGUCAUAUAAAGGAGAUAGAGAUGUGUCAAUUUAUAGGAUAUCCUGUACAGAUGUUAUUUCAAUUAUUAAUAUUCUUAAUUUAAAGAUGAUGUUCUAUAGUAUAUUUCUGAAGUCUGUCG